AUGGCUGCAGCGGACGACCAGGACACACCUCCAGUAGAUGCCCCAUCGCCAGAUUCUCCACCUGCAGAAGCUCGACCAGCCAAUGGUCCAUAUCAAAAUCAUAUAAAUAUCAAAGUAUGCAGACAAGACGGCACAAGCCUUCAAUUUCUGAUCAAAAAGACUACACCGUUUGAUAGAUUGAUGAAAACGUACUGUACAAGAUCUGAUUUGCCUUUGAAUGGCGUCAGAUUGCGGUUCAAUGGAAUACAAGUUUGUAGGCUUGAUACACCUUUAUCUCUAGAGAUGGAAGAAGGCGAUUUCCUAGAAGCACUUCAUGAUUUUUAA